AUGACUUCCACCUCCGGUCUCAACGACGACAACAUCAUCUUCGCCGCCGGCGAAAAAGAAGUCGAUCGUCUCCAACUACAACACGAAAUCAUGAAAGACGCCAUGAAAGAUCUAAUCAAAGCCCCCCUCAACCUCUCCAAACCCGGCCUCCAAAUCUUAGAUCAAGCUACCGCAGACGGUCCAUUACUUCCCAACACUCCUCAAAACUCAGCCCAUACUAACAUACCCUCAGGAAUCUGGCUCAAAGACGUCGCCGCUGUCUCCCCCGCCCAACACGAAUACACCGGCACGGACAUCGAACCUUACUACCCUGUCCCGCCCCCGGCGCACAUGACAUUCUUCGAUCAAAGCAUGACCAAGCCCUGGCCGGCGCACAUGAAUGCCACAUUCGACCUCGUGCACUCCCGUCUCGCGCUCCCCGGCGCGGGCAUCACGCCCAUCAAGACCGUCGUCACGCAGCUGAUCGAUCUCGUCAAACCCGGGGGCUGGAUCCAGCAGACCGAGAUGGUAUACAGUAAGUGGCCGGACAACGGACCGGCGAUGGACGGGAUGUGGCGGGUCGCGGUGGACUGGAUUGGGUUCGCGGUAGGCGGCCAGAGUUUGAAUUUCAAAGAUGAUUUGGAGGCGUGGUACAAGGAAGCGGGAGUGGUAGAUGUGCAAACGGAGGUGUAUACCGUGGGGAUUGGGAAGAAAGCUGGGAGUGAGAGGAUGAGGGGGAUCAGUACGAGGAGUAUGCAUACGACGGUUAGCGGGUUGUGUAUGGGUGCCAAGGCGGGGAAGAGUGCUGAUCCAAAUGCUGUGAAGCUUUCCUUUGAGGAGCUGGAUACGUUGCCGGAGAGGGUUUUGAAGGAGCUUAAUGAGGUGGGUGGGUAUUGGCAGUUUUUCACUAUUUGGGGUCGUAAGGAGGAUUGA